AUGUCUUCUAAUCGAACCUCUGGCUACGUUCAACGCAACCUCGCACACCUCCGACCCCGCGAUCAAGGCAAGCCCUACUCCACCGACUUCGACAGCAUGAAGCACAGGCAACGGCAACCCGACAAAGAAAUCUUAGAGCACGAUCGAAAGCGAGAUAUUGAAGUCAAGGUAUUUGAGUUGCGAGAUCGUUUGGAAGAUGAAGAGGUCGAUGAAGAAGAAAUAGAGACCCAGACGGAAGCGCUGAGACGGAAGCUGACGAAAGAGAGCGAGAGAGGAGGUGGACAGGUUAAGAAGGGACUCAAGAUGCAUCAGGUGCAUGAGCUCGCGCAGGCGAAGAUUAAGCAGGAUGAUCGCUUUAGAAGUGCCUUGGGAAUUGGGAGGGAUUAUGAGGAGGGGAGCCAUUGGAAGAAGGAUGAAGAGAGGAGGAUAGCGAAGCUAGAGAAGUUGACCGAGUCGGAGAAGUGA